AUGGUGCUGCCGGCUGCCCGGCGUGGCGCUCGGCCCGGCUCGGGCUCGGGGCGCGCGGCAGGCCUGGCGUCGCCCGCCGGGGCGGGGGCCGGGGGCUCGGGCCGCCCGGCUGUUCUAGCCUCGGCCUUCUCUCCCUCCCCAGCCGUGCUUACAUCCCCGCCGGGCGCCGGCCUCCCUGCGCCGCCAGCCAGAGCCCGACCCGAGCGCUCACCCUCCUCCUCUUCCUCCUCCUCCUCCUCCUCCUCUUCCUCCUCCCCUCGCCUUCCUCGCCGCUUCCCCAGGCACUCUCCCGGCGGCGGCAGCUGCGCCGCCAAAGCCCCGGGCCCCAGCGGCCCCCCACCCCUCACUCGCGCGCUCCCACACUGCCUCCCCCCCCCUUCCCCGGGGGGAAGGCCUUUUAAUUUAUUUAUUCUGCUGGGACUGAGGUGGGGGGCUUGGCUGGCGGGGGGGGGGGGCGGAGAGGGGGUCUCCUCGGUCUCUACCUCCCGCGGCUGGGGCUACCCUUCCAGCUACCCGGGCACUCCACGGCGUGCGCCCCCGGGGCCUCCCAAACUGUUUCCAAACUGCCCAGACCGGAGGUCCGGGAGUGGCGGCGGCCAAUCAGCGCUCGGCUUCCAUUUUAGCGGUAAACAGUCCACAGCGAAGCCGCCCUUUUUGCCAGCCCAACCCUGGAAAGUUUGCAGGUCGUGGGAAGGAGCAGAAAAUACCACGAGUGUAACUUACAAAAAGGUCUUGGCCGGAGACCGGAGCAAUGUCUGGGUUAUCCCCACAGUAGACAGCCCUUGCUUCCUCUGGACAUCUGGAGCAGGCCUAAUUUGGCUGACACCUUUCCCACUAAGGGUGGGGCAGUUUGUCCCUCCGUCGUCCCUGGCCCUGAGGGGUGCCCCGCCCACUGGUCACCCACUAAGCUUGGGGCGGGGCCGCUUUGGGCUGCUGAGAAAGGGCCACGCCAGCGGAAGGACUGCCUGAGCCGGGAGGUGGCCUGGGAGGUGGCCGGACCAGCUUCUCUACCCAUUCUGGCGGUCCCCGCCCCUUCCGUCUGCUCCACCUGGCCUGGAGCCCUCGUUUGGAACUUGACCUUUUGGAACGCUCCAGGUGGAGACUGCAGCCACGAUGGGUAGCGAUACCCCCCCCCCCCCACUCUCCCCAGCCCCCAGUGUUUUCCUCCGAUGUGCCCUGUGCCCUCAAGCAAGUUCCUGCCGCCGGGAACCAGGAGGGGAAAAGUCGAUGCAACACCACCGUUUGGGGGCUAUUUCUAACAUUUUGGUUUGACAGAGGAGGGUCUUGCCCCGUCCAGGCCAGUCCUCUUGACAGGCUGGGACCGUAAGUACACUCUCUUUGCGCCCAGGCUUCUAGAAAUGACCUGCCCAUCCUCCACUUGUUCCCUAGAGCUGUUAAGUAGCUGAGACCUGGGAGGGGGGGAUGGCCUAGCCAGGUGGAUAAGAUAGCACCCCCAGGCACCCUGGUUUCACCCUCCCCCUCCCCCCCCUGCUUUAUCUGUUAAGGCUCUAGCUGGAGUCUUUUAUCUCUCACUGCUAUCCAUACCAUCUGCAUUUGGACAGCUAAAUAAUUGAUUUAUGGUGCCUCUGUGUUAGGGGAGUGCUAAUCUCCCCUUCCAAAUUUGUACUUUGUCCUGAAAGACUGAAGGCGUUCUGUCUCUGCUCUCCUGGGUUCACGGUCCCUGUUGGCCUCUGGGGCAUAGUCUUCCCUGAGACCAUCCUGCGGCUCCCUGAGAGGUUUUGUGGCAAGAGCCAGCCGAAGGAAUCUCUCACUUUCCUAGCUUUCCAGGAAUUCCUGGAGAAUCAGAGAGUGACCCAGGGGGCCCCCAGAACAUCUUGCAGGUGAGGGAAUCAGUCACCCGGGGUGGGUGAGUGUGUCUUAUCUCCUCAGCGGGGCUUGUCUGGCCUGGCCUGACCUCUGAGGAGGCUCUCCACGGCAGCUGGCUGGAUUCCUGGGUAUUUUUAGCUACCCAGAUCCAGCCCCACCAUCACCAUGAGAGCUGGCUCCAAGUCCAACACUCCAGGCCUGAUAGUGCUGGGGUUCUGCCAGUCUCCUGGUGAGGCUGGGGUGGGUGGGGAGGCAGGCUGGAACCGGUUAGCAGCCUGAACCCACCUGAGCCAGAAUUAAUUCGCUUUUGGUCAUUUCCUUCAGACUUGCUCUGUCACUGGAGAUGGAGAGUGCAGACACGGGUCUGGGGGAUUUGUGGAAAGUCCGGAGCCCUCUCUUGGCUGUAUGUAGUAGAACAAGUAUUUUUUUUUUUUUUUUCCUUCUAAGUGAAUUUUUCUCCUAGCACAUGCAGCCAGCCAGCCUCCUGGGCCCAGGACCAAGCCCAAAGCAGCCCGAGAGAAGAAACCUGGAAUCCCUGCAAAGGUAAGUGGGUCCCAGCGCCCUCCCAAACUCCUCCUCUGUGCGAUUUUGACUCCACGCUGGAGUGGCCUGCUCUGCCUCCUCUGGGGACUCAUGCCUCUGGCACGCCAUCUUUCCUUUUUUUUUUUUUGCCGUCCUCAAAGAGCUGUAGCCACUGAGCUACAGCCCCAGCGCCUCCUCCUCUGCCUGGUUUUGACAGCACUCCUGUGUUGUCCAGCCUCUCUGUCGCCCUUCUCCACUCAACCAGCAGUCAGGCCCGCCCUGAUUUAGCCCGUUACCUUGACAACCAUUCGGCCCGUCUCCCUCCCUCCUCCCCACUGAAAACCUGCCGAGGGUUUUCCAGCUGCGGUACAUUGGUACAUUUGCCCAGGUUGGGCACCCCUCCCCGCUUCCAUUGGCCCCCCACCUCUCUGCCCAGCUGUACCCAGUACAACAAACACCGCCUUCCCUGGUCCCUCUGCUGUCGCCUUAAAACGGAUCUCACUGAUGCUGGGAACUCCAUCACUGCUUCCUCCGGCCCGUUCCUCACAGGCAGGAACACGGUUUGCUUCUCAAUAAACAAGUUGUAAAAAAAAAAAAAA